AUGGCAGUGCAAGUGUCCGUCCAGUCGUGCCCAUCGAGCGCCGCACCGGUAUUACACCAAUUGAGCCACAAUUGUCUGGCGGAGGGCGCCGGCGAUGUGCCGAUGAUGGCCACCACCACCAGCGCGAGCGGCAGCACACCAGUGGACAGUCACCACAACCCGCAGCAGCAGCCGAUGCCUGUGCUCCUGCGCGGGUCGAUCGCCCGCUCCAUAUACGAGAGGAUGCAGAGGGAGGAACAGCUCCGGUAUUUCGACAAAUCCAAGUGGUAUUCAAUCGACAGACAACUCAUCACUCGUGAGCUCAACCACACGUUCGCGCCCAUGGAUUACGACUGCGAGACACAGGAGUUCGUCGACUUGUGUUACCAGAAGUCGGACCAGUACUUCACGCAUCUGUUCCACUCGAUCGCGCGCACCAUUCUCUGCCUAUUCAUGUCGAGCACAUCCGUGAACGGCCUGUUAGGCCGGGGCUCGAUGUUUGUGUUCAGCGACAAGCAGUUCCGCGCACUCCUCGGCGACCACCUCCUCAUGACUGAUAGCAAUAUGUAUUCUUCCAGUUCUGAGCCGCUCAUCGAUAUCAUCGGCAGCGACAGCAACGACAGUGUGGACACGAACGCCGGCGCCGACCGCGUGCUCAUCGAUUUGGGCGCCGGCGACGGGAAGAUCACCGAAAUUAUGUCCAAAUACUUCCACAAGACGUACACCACAGAGAUAUCACCCGUAAUGCGCAAAAUACUACUGAAAAAGGGGUUCAAUGUGUUAGAAGUGGAGGAGUGGUGCCAAACGGGCCUCCAGUACGACGUCAUCUCGUGUCUCAAUGUGUUGGACAGGUGUGACAAACCGUUGUCGAUGUUGGCGCACAUGAGGUCCGCGUUGAGGCCUAAGACCGGCCUCAUUGUCUUGGCGCUCGUCUUGCCGUUCAGCCAAUACGUCGAAGUGAAUGACAAUCACCGCGCGGAUCACCGGCCCAGCGAAGUGCUCGCCAUCGAUGGCCACACGUUUGAGGAGCAGUUGGUGUCGUUCGUGGCCAAUGUGUUGGCGCCCAAUGGCCUCCAAGUCGUCAAGUGGUCUAAACUGCCGUACCUUUGCGAGGGCGACCUCGAGCUCACCUACUACUGGCUCUACGACGUGGUACUGGUGCUCAAGGCUGUCGGCGAUGACCAGUAG